GCCACUCCUGAAAUAUUCCCCUGAAGCGUAUCGAGGAUGUUUUCUGCCGCUGUCGGAUGGUUCUUCCUUUUCAAAUGUAAACAAUAGGUGUAUAUUUUGAAGAUCAUUUGAAACAGCGUCUCACUGUUUCACGUUUAUAUACUUGAACAGAUGAGUAUGUGACUGAGAAACGAAUCACGCAGUUCAACAUUUCUGACUGGGUGUGUGUAGGAAUUACAAAACCGAUCACAAAGCAGAUCAUCACCGAACAUCUCUGAACAAGCUGCAACCAGAACAACCUGUUGACUCAAUGCCCAUAAUGAUUUCUGGAGUUGUACGCGUUGCCCUGUUCUCGAUCCUUGGUAUAGGAGGAUUUCUGACGCUGUUUGUAAUGUACUAUCAAUCAGCUCCAUCUCAGAUCUGCCCUCCCCAGCCUGCUUUGCCACGUCAUUACUCAAAGCCACCUGAGAACAGCUCCUUGUCUAAGAAGCAGCCAGAGCCAGACAAGCCCAUCAUGCUGUUGUGGUUCUGGCCUGAAAACCGCAGGUUUGAUUUUAGCGAUUGCACCACUUUCUUCAACAUUGAUGGCUGCCAACUGACAGAUGACCGGUCUCUGUACAACAAGGCAGACGGGGUGCUCAUCUUUCACAAAUCCAUCAAACAUGAUUUAUCCAACUUGCCUCCAUCACCUCGACCACCAUUCCAGAAGUGGAUCUGGUAUCAUGUGGAAUCACCUACAAACACAAUUAGGAUACCUGGUCUAGAGAACCUUUUCAACUUGACCUUGAGUUAUAGAGAAGAUGCAGACAUCCCUGUACGUUGGCGCUUAACUGCAAGGAAAGGUCAGGGUGAGGACUUUGUGCUGCCCAAGAAGGAUAAAUUAGUUUGCUGGAUUGUGAGUAACAAUAACCCUGCAACUGGAACAGCCGUAAGGGAUAACUAUUACAGAGAACUUGUCAAACAUAUUAAGGUGGAUGUCUAUGGAAAAGCCUUUGCAAGAUUCUUGAGAAAUGAGGACUACUACUCAACACUCUCCAGCUGUAAGUUCUACCUCUCCUUUGAGAACUCAGUCCACAGAGACUACAUCACUGAGAAGCUUAACGGACCACUUGUAGCAGGAACUGUGCCAGUAGUAUUGGGCCCACCGAGACAGAACUAUGAGGACUUUGUCCCGGGAGAUUCCUUCAUCCAUGUUAAUGACUUUCCCAAUGCAAAAGCCCUGGCUGAAUUCCUCCUGAAGUUGGACAAGGAUGAUGAGUCAUAUCUGCGCUACUUUCAGUGGCGUAGAAACUUAUUUGCUCAGCAACAUCUAAUUCAACUGAGUCAAGAGUUCAUCCAAUCUAUUUGUUAUGCCUGUGACCAUAUAGGCAAACAUAAGGAGUACAGGGUUGUUCACGAUCUUUACAAAUGGUAUUUGGUUUAAUUAGUCCCUUCUGAUGAGCUAUUACCAUCACUGGUGUACCCCCCCCCCCCCCCCCAGAUAUGAAUAUGAACAUGAACAGGUCAUAAACCACGACUAAAAAUGUUUAGAAUUACAGGAAAUUAGCUGUAAAACUGCAAAGUUCUCACUCAGCCUUAUGGCAAAGUGCGUAGAAAACCACAAAAUGUGCUUGAAAAAUGUACAAUUCUCUCUAAAAAUUAUACAAUUCUCUAGCAUGAGAUCACCUAUUAAACUUCACAUGUUUUUGCGAAACAGCGGUAGGCCACUGAUUAUCAUCAUAUUGUCUGUAUGCUCUUUUUCUUUAGGAAAUAUAUUUGCGGAAUGUACUACUCUCCUGUACAGACCCAAGUGCAUUCAACCUCAUUGCGAUACAUUGAGUUUCAUUGUAGGUCUAUUUGGCGGGGAAACAGUGAAGCCAGCUGUAGCCUAUUGCCUGUUUCUGUUCAUUAGUCUUUUUUUUGUAAAGUGAAACAAUGCUAUGUCUAUUUGUUGGUUUUCAUUAAAUCACGUAGGUUUUCAUUAAAUCACUUAGGCUUUGGUCUAAAAUAAAUUCGUUUAGAAGGGCAGAUUUGAAGGCUUAUAUGUUGUAUUAUAGGCUAACGAAAAUAUUCGGACUUGGCAAAAGGCUGACAUUUUUUUCGUUUCAAUUAAAAAAUAUAUACUCGCAUGACAAUAGAAAUGGAAACUUGUGAUUUGUGAUUUUAUAGACAAAUUAUGAAAGCGACGGUUACUGCGCUCUCACCAUCAUCAAUAUCAUUAUUUACAUUUUUGAAAUUCACCAAAUAUUUUUUUUUAUAAAUACAGAAAUAAAAACAUUGCGGUAUGUGUAAAGAGACAGUAAAAUAUUAUAUUUCUCAGAAGUUAUACGUGUGUCAAAUCAUUCCUGCACCAACAUUGUUAGAGAUGGGUGUGAUUGGUACAUCUCUUCCUCUUCAAAUGCAUUAUGUGUGUAGGUUUGAGUGAGAGGCAAGAGAGAAAAUAGAGAAGGGAUGUGUCUGAUGAAUCAGGAAUCAAUGGUUUUGCACCAAAUAUCAACAUUUAAAGGAGUUUAUAUUCUGCUUGUAUGGUUGCAUCUGUGGCAUCGAAUUAGUCUGGCUUUAAAUGUCUUCAAAUUAACAAUUGAUAUGUUGGAUUCACGACUACAUCUCAACGAAAAAUGAAAGACUAGGGAUAAAUCAAAUAAACUUAAUUUCAAGUUUGAUUUGAUUUAGUUAUAUUAUUUAACUUGAUUUUCCUUUUCUAUUGUUUAUAUGUGGUUGCAUUGACAACCAAUCACAAUUCAAUAUAAUUUUUGAAAUACAUAAAUAGCCUAUUAACUUGACCAUGUGUUGGAUUAACGUCUCCAAUUGAACCAAAAAUAAAAGUUAAAGAAUGGGAUUAAGCCAGAUGGAACUAUCCAAGCGGUAGAUACAGUACAUCUCCUUUUAAAUGUUGAUUUUUGUUUACGUUGUCAAGUAAACACAAUUCUAUAUUACUUUUGUAAUCUAGUAAAUAGCCUAAAGUUAAAGCUGUCUUACAAACUAAUGUAACAUUCAACCUUACAGUGAGGAAGACAUCCAUGGCCACAUUGAGGUUUCCCGGAACUAUACAUUAUAGAGUAAUAACGCAUACAUCUGUUUUAUAAAUCAACACAUUAUCUGGCAUUGUUUUUCUAUUUAAACUUUUUAAAUGGUUGAAAGCACAGUGAUAGACAUUUAGAUGAAAACAUUGUUUUUC